AAUCCCAGAAAACACAUUCAAAACCAGCAGAGGGAAAGCCACUCUCUGCUUCCAUCACCACCAACCCACCAGCCCACCAGCUAGCAACCCUGUGAGAAAAAAACAUCCAAGAUGGCUCCUAUCUCCAUCAAGACUGUCUUAAUCAGUGAGAGUGUGGACCCUCGCUGCAAGACCAUUCUGGAGGAAAAUGGCAUCCGAGUUACGGAGAAACCGGCUAUGAAAAAGGAUGAAUUAAUGGCGGAGAUUAAGGACUACGAUGGCCUCGUGGUCAGAUCUGCAACGAAGGUAACAGCUGAUGUCAUCAAUGCUGCUACAAAUCUCAAAAUCAUUGGCAGAGCUGGAACUGGCGUAGACAAUGUUGAUGUUGAUGCUGCCACCAAGAAUGGUAUUAUUGUCAUGAACACACCAAGCGGUAACACGAUCAGUGCCGCCGAGCUGACAUGUGCUCUGCUGAUGAGCCUCUCAAGAAAUGUGCCUCAAGCUGCAAUGUCGAUGAAACAAGGGAACUGGGAUCGCAAAAAGUUCAUGGGUGCAGAGCUGUACGGCAAAGUACUGGGAAUAGUUGGACUUGGAAGAAUAGGAAAGGAGGUCUCCUCAAGAAUGCAAUCAUUUGGCAUGAGGACAAUCGGUUAUGAUCCAAUCACUCCUCCUGAGGUGUCAGCCAGCUGGGGAGUGGAGCAGAUGUCUCUGGAGCAGCUGUGGCCCCAGUGUGACUAUAUUACUGUCCACACUCCUCUAAUGCCCUCUACUGUUGGUCUGCUAAAUGAUGAAUCUUUUGCUAAAUGCAAGAAGGGAGUGAAGGUUGUGAACUGUGCACGAGGCGGCAUCAUUGACGAGGCUGCUCUCCUCAGAGCUGUGGAGUCCGGGCAGUGCGGAGGAGCGGGGCUCGAUGUCUUUGUUGAGGAGCCUCCUAAGGACCGCGCAUUGAUCGACCAUCCUAACGUCAUCAGCUGUCCUCACCUGGGAGCCAGUACGAAGGAGGCUCAGGCUCGUUGUGGGGAGGACAUCGCUCUGCAGAUUGUGGACAUGGUGAAAGGCAAGAAUCUGGUUGGAGCUGUAAAUGCCCCGGUUUUGGCCAGCACGUUCUCCAAGGAUUCUCACCAGCUAAUCAAACUGGGAGAAGCUGUCGGAGCAGUGCUGCAGUCCUGCACUGCUUCCAAGAAACCGUUUAAACUUGUCCAAAUCACCACUCAAGGGGAUAGCAUGAAGUCCUCCACUGGUUACAUGACUUCAUCAGUACUUGUUGGACUACUGAACCAUGAAUCUGGCUGUUGCCCGAACCUCAUCAACGUAAUGAGCCUUGCAAAGGAGUCUGGAAUCACGGUAAACCAGGCCCACUGUGCCUCUGAAGGGUCUGCUAGUGGAGUGUGUAAGGUGGAGAUCGUGGUCAAUGGCUGCAGCUACAAAGCCAGUGGAUCAGUUCAAGGUGGCGUGCCGGUCCUCCUGCAGCUGAGUGACAGUGUGUUCAAACAGCCGAUCUCUCUCACUGGAAAUCUGUUGUUCUUCAAGGCCUCCGCAAGUCCUCAGCUCCUAUCCUCAGUGGCUGGACUCCUGGCCACAGAGGGAGUGGAGAUUGAGUCCUUCAGUGCUCCGGCAGACCGCUCUGGAGAUCUGUGGUAUUGUGUUGGGGUGUCCUCUCUCCCCAAAGACCUCAGUGCCUUGAAGCCCCUGGUUAAGGAGGCCGCACAGCUCACCAUUUAGAUGACAGCAUGAAGGCUAUCGAUACAUCUUCAAGAGUGUCUAAUAUAAUUGAUCCAUCUUGGUCUUAGCGUUUACAACUAACAACUUUUACGUUGCAGGUUUAAAACUUGUAUUUUGAUAACAUUCCAGUGUUUAGAUGCUUUACAUCCACUUUGUUCAAGUAAAAAUAAUUUCACUGUCAUGUGCUGUUCAGUUUGCUGUUUGACCUUCAUAAAGCAGUGUUGUAAAAUAAAGUAGACUUACUAAAU